AUGAAACUCAAAUCACAUAUAAUCGAUAUUAAUAUUCCCAAUUCACUAUUAGAUAUCUCGAAGAUCCCAACAGCAACGGCCGUUUUAACAUGCUUCUAUGUUAUUCUCUCUUUAUCUCUCUUCUAUAUUAAGAGAUCAACUUACAACCAUAUUGUUUCAACUGGUGUAGAGAUUCAAUACUCAGACAUCCAAUGUCCAUUUCUGCAAUUGGUACCCUCAAAAGUGGUGUACUAUCCAUUUUCGAUUAUCCUUUCUAACCUUGUGGAUACGGAGAUAUGGAAAUUCGUUGUUACCUUAUUAAAUUUAAUCAUCGGAGGCUCCUUUAUUGAAAGAAAUUGGAAUAGCUCUAAGGAGCUUUUAAAAUUUACAAUUGUUAUAGGUUCCCUUAUUAAUAUUAUUAUGGCAGCUUUUAGUCUCAUUAUAUCAUUUAUUUACCCAAGCUUCAGGUCUGAUAUUCCCCUAGAUGGUAAUUAUACAGUAAUUAUUGGCUUUCCCAUUAUAUAUAAACAACUGUUACCAGAAACAAGCAUCUUCAACUUGAAAACUCCAAGAUUCCUAUCAAAAAACUUCAGAUUUAAAUUAUUGCCUGUUUUUAUGCUAUGCUUUAUGACAAUAAUGCAGCUUAUUUGGUUUCAUCAUAUAGCCCAAUUAUUAUCUAUAUGGGUUACUUUCUUUUCAUGUUGGGUUUAUCUACGAUUAUAUCAAGUAUUAUAUCUUGAUAAUACUUUGAUUGUUGGGGAUGCCUCAGAUACAUUCCAGUUGAUUUAUUUUUUCCCAGAUCUUGUUAAACCUCUUUUAAAACCAAUAUUCAACAACAUUUAUGAUAUUAUUUGUGUAAAAUUAAAACUCGUUAAGGCGUUCCAGCUUAAUGAUAUUGAUAAGGGGAACGAUAUUGCUGAGCAAAGGGGAGCCAAAAAACUCGAUUUGUCAGUGGAAGAAAGGCGAAGAGAGUUGGCACUUCAAGUCUUACAGGAGCGUAUGGCUUAG